CUGCGAGGUCGGUUCCGCCCGACUCUAACAUGGCGGCGCCCUUUGUCUGCUCUGGAGUGCCGUCCCCGGCCUUCUCGCGGCCGUGAUGCACCUCCCUCUGCGGUGGGGUCCGGGACAUGGCAGGUAAUGAGCCGGACAAGGGGAGCCAAGCUGGAGUUUACACAGGCAAACUGUCAGAAAAGAGUAGCCUGGGCUGUCUGGAAAUCUGAGCCAUGGACUUUCCCCAGCACAGCCAGCAUGUCUUGGAACAGCUGAACCAGCAGCGGCAGCUGGGGCUUCUCUGUGACUGCACCUUUGUGGUGGACGGUGUUCACUUUAAGGCUCAUAAAGCAGUGCUGGCGGCCUGCAGCGAGUACUUCAAGAUGCUCUUCGUGGACCAGAAGGACGUGGUGCACCUGGACAUCAGUAACGCGGCAGGCCUGGGGCAGGUGCUGGAGUUUAUGUACACGGCCAAGCUGAGCCUGAGCCCUGAGAACGUGGAUGAUGUGCUGGCCGUGGCCACUUUCCUCCAAAUGCAGGACAUCAUCACGGCCUGCCAUGCCCUCAAGUCACUUGCUGAGCCGGCUACCAGCCCUGGGGGAAAUGCGGAGGCCUUGGCCACAGAAGGAGGGGACAAGAGAGCCAAAGAGGAGAAGGCGGCCACCAGCACGCUGAGCAGGCUGGAGCAGGCGGGACGCAGCACACCCAUAGGCCCCAGCAGGGACCUCAAGGAGGAGCGCGGCGGUCAGGCCCAGAGUGCGGCCAGCGGUGCAGAGCAGACAGAGAAAGCCGAUGCGCCCCGGGAGCCGCCGCCUGUGGAGCUCAAGCCAGACCCCACGAGUGGCAUGGCUGCCGCAGAAGCUGAGGCUGCUUUGUCCGAGAGCUCGGAGCAAGAAAUGGAGGUGGAGCCCGCCCGGAAAGGGGAAGAGGAGCAAGAGGAGCAAGAGGAGGAGGGCGCAGGGCCAGCUGAGGUCAAGGAGGAGGGUUCCCAGCUGGGGAACGGAGAGGCCCCUGAGGAGAACGAGAACGAGGAGUCAGCGGGCACAGACUCGGGGCAGGAGCUCGGCUCCGAGGCCCGGGGCCUGCGCUCAGGCACCUACGGCGACCGCACGGAGUCCAAGGCCUACGGCUCCGUCAUCCACAAGUGCGAGGACUGUGGGAAGGAGUUCACGCACACGGGGAACUUCAAGCGGCACAUCCGCAUCCACACGGGGGAGAAGCCCUUCUCGUGCCGGGAGUGCAGCAAGGCCUUUUCCGACCCGGCCGCGUGCAAGGCCCAUGAGAAGACGCACAGCCCUCUGAAGCCCUACGGCUGCGAGGAGUGCGGGAAGAGCUACCGCCUCAUCAGCCUGCUCAACCUGCACAAGAAGCGGCACUCGGGCGAGGCGCGCUACCGCUGCGAGGACUGCGGCAAGCUCUUCACCACCUCGGGCAACCUCAAGCGCCACCAGCUGGUGCACAGCGGCGAGAAGCCCUACCAGUGCGACUACUGCGGCCGCUCCUUCUCCGACCCCACUUCCAAGAUGCGCCACCUGGAGACCCACGACACGGACAAGGAGCACAAGUGCCCACACUGCGACAAGAAAUUCAACCAGGUAGGGAACCUGAAGGCCCACCUGAAGAUCCACAUCGCUGACGGGCCCCUCAAGUGCCGAGAGUGUGGGAAGCAGUUCACCACCUCAGGGAACCUGAAGCGGCACCUUCGGAUCCACAGCGGGGAAAAGCCCUACGUGUGCAUCCACUGCCAGCGACAGUUUGCAGACCCCGGCGCUCUGCAGCGGCACGUCCGCAUUCACACAGGUGAGAAGCCAUGCCAGUGUGUGAUGUGCGGUAAGGCCUUCACCCAGGCCAGCUCCCUCAUCGCCCACGUGCGCCAGCACACCGGGGAGAAGCCCUACGUCUGCGAGCGCUGCGGCAAGAGAUUCGUCCAGUCCAGCCAGUUGGCCAAUCAUAUUCGCCACCACGACAACAUCCGCCCACACAAGUGCAGCGUGUGCAGCAAGGCCUUCGUGAACGUGGGGGACCUGUCCAAGCACAUCAUCAUUCACACUGGAGAGAAGCCUUACCUGUGUGAUAAGUGUGGGCGUGGCUUCAACCGGGUAGACAACCUGCGCUCCCACGUGAAGACUGUGCACCAGGGCAAGGCAGGCAUCAAGAUCCUGGAGCCCGAGGAGGGCAGUGAGGUCAGCGUGGUCACUGUGGAUGACAUGGUCACGCUGGCCACCGAGGCACUGGCAGCGACAGCCGUCACUCAGCUCACAGUGGUGCCGGUGGGAGCUGCAGUGACAGCCGAUGAGACGGAAGUUCUGAAGGCCGAGAUCAGCAAAGCUGUGAAGCAAGUGCAGGAAGAAGGUGAGGGGGGCCACCCGGGUGUGAAUGUGGGCAGAACCCGGGGUCCUUCCCACUCUGACUGCUGCCCCACCUCCACAGACCCCAACACUCACAUCCUCUACGCCUGUGACUCCUGUGGGGACAAGUUUCUGGAUGCCAACAGCCUGGCUCAGCACGUGCGAAUCCACACAGCCCAGGCACUGGUCAUGUUCCAGACAGACGCGGACUUCUAUCAGCAGUAUGGGCCAGGUGGCACGUGGCCUGCCGGGCAGGUGCUGCAGGCUGGGGAGCUGGUCUUCCGCCCUCGGGACGGGGCUGAGGGCCAGCCCGCACUGGCAGAGACCUCCCCUACAGCUCCUGAAUGUCCCCCGCCUGCCGAGUGAGCUGGCGGCCCUUCUGACUGUUUAUUUAAGGAUGGAUGGCACCCUGGAACCGGGAAGGGUGGCCUGUUCCCUAGAGAGAAUAAAUUGGAUUAUUUUCUAA